AUAUAUGUUUCAUAGACUUAAGAAGGUAACAGAACAAAAGUAUUAUUUAUAAUCUAUAUGGAUAAUACUAGGGCCAACCUUGAGUUGGAAUGAGCCAUAGACAAAAAAAAAAAAAAAAAAAAAAAAAAAAAUUGGACCCUUACUAUAAAGAUAAAUAGUAUUUUUAAAAAUUAUUAAAAAAUAUGUAUAUUUUUUUAAAAGUAUUUUUUUUUAUUUGGGCUCCCAAAAUGAGUAGGCCCUAGACGCGAGCCUAGCCCACUUAUACCUAGGGCCGAUUUUGGAUAACACCUUAAUGGUUUCUAAACGGGACUUUUAGUUUAGGGAAAUUCUAAAAUGCACCCCCUUAAAAUGGAUACAUUGAUGCACCAUUGUCUGUUUUAGCACCCGAAAUAAUUUUUUAAUCAAAUUUUUUCUCAUAGUCAUGUACGUUAUAGUUAUGUAAGACAUCUUGCAAAAUUUUAAGAAAUUUGUAAAAACACGUCGAAAACUACGUUCAAACAGUGUGUUGCACGCGUGACUAUUUUAUUUUAUACGCAUGUAAAAUAGACUGUUUGAACAUUGUUUUCUAUAUUGUAAAUUAUUCGAAAUUUCUCAAAAUUUUAUAGGUUAUCUUAAAUAGCUAUAACACACAUGAAUAUAAAAAAAAAAUUAAACUUAAAAAUUCUUCUAGAUGCCAAAACAAAUCAAGGGUGUAUCAGUACAUCCCUUUUAAGGGGGUGCAUUGUAAAAUCACCCAUUAGUUUAUAUAUGUAGUUGUUUUUUUCAAAAAAUAAAAUAUAUAUAUAUUACAAAACAUGGUUCCAAUUGCUGCAACGUGUCCAUUCUGCCUUGCUGCUCCUGAGACGAUUCUGCAUGUGUUGGUGCGGUGCUCUUUUGCUAGAAGUUGUUGGAGCAAGGUUCCAAUUACUGGGGUGGCGCCGGAUGCAAUGUUGUUCUCGAGUUGGUUAGAAGCGGGGUUGGUAUUGUGGAACUCGGCCGAGGCUCUUGAGGCUGGUAUGGUCUGUUGGUCGAUUUGGAAUCGUUGGAACGAGUUGGUUUGGAACUUCAAGCACCCUGAUGCAAGUGAGGUAGUGGCAAUGGCAAUGUUAAAUUAUGUUGAGUGGUUUAGUGCUCAAAAAGUUAAUGUCACAGAUGCAUGCUUAACCGGGACGACGACAUUACCAGUGGAGCGAUGGACAGCUCCCGAUUUUUCUUUGGUCAAAGUUAAUGUGGAUGGUGCACUUUCUUCUGCCCAUGGGCAGUAUGGAUUGGGCUUGAUUGCAAGGUCUGCUGCGGGGUUGGUCUUGGGGGCCAGAAGUUUAUCUAGAGAGGGCUCUUUGCAACCUCAUAUUGUCGAAGCCAUUGGUAUCAAGGAAGCUCUCUCUUGGAGUAAAGCGAAUGGAUGGUCACAGAUUGUUGUUGAGUCGGAUUGUUUAAGAGUCAUUAAUGAUUUGCAAAAAUUCAAACAUAUGGCUUCUCCUUAUGACCAUAUUCUUUAUGAUUGUAUGACUUUGGUUGCUGAUUUUGAUUUUGUUUCUUUUAAUUUUGUUAAGCGGUCUGCUAAUAAGGUUGUGCAUGCCUUGGCGCGAUCUUCUCUUUUUGAGGCUGACCGGUCUUUUAGUAGGGACUCCUUACCUUUUGUUUUUGAAUCCCUAGUUUUGGAUGAUUUAGUUUAAUUAAAUUUAAUUAUUAUUAAAAAAAAUACAAUAAAAAAAAUAUAAAAUGAUAUUUAGACUUUUGUGUACUUUUUUUUAUAUUAUAUGUAGAUAUAAAUUAUAAAAUUACAAUAUAAUUACAUGAUCAUCAAAUUAUUAAUUACUUUCAAUUCCCUCUCUUAACUUUUCAAAUAGGCAUUAUUAAUAUUUUAUAUAUGUUACUUUAUGUAUUAUGUUUUAUCGAAGUCACUUGGUUUUUAUUAUAUGUUAUCCAUGUCAAUCAGUGGGCUACAUAUCGUUAGUGAUUUUCUUUUCAUCUAAAUAUGGUAUUUUGGUUUCAAAAAAGGAAAUAUGGUAUUUUGUGGCAAAUAUUAGUCUCCUCUCCAUGAGUCCAUUUAAUAUAAUAUGGCUUUGUUCAAAAAUAUAAAUAUAUAUAAUUUACAGGAAAUUUUCAAGUAU